AAGCUACCUGCUAUACCUGUAGCAAUCGUCUUACACGUUGCCCAUUUUGCACGGUUAGUACCUUAUAUGACUAUAACUAAAUCUUCUCGGCUUUUAGUCAAAGAACUUGCAUAGAUAGCAAAUCAAAUAUUUUCUUAUCCAACUUUCCAGGAGAAUGUUGUUGGGUGGAUAAAAUACACAGCUGUCAAAGUGUGCGUUCUUUGCAACAAAAAGCCUGUGGACACAAUAUUCUUACCCUGCUUUCAUCUAAAAGCUUGUCAAGGCUGUGCGAAAAAUCUUGAACGGUGCUGUUGUUGUGAGAUCCAGCUGACAAGGCAGAAAAUCUUCACUGCUGAAGUAAGUCACAAACGACCGCGUAUGGAAAACGUUGAAAAAGAAGAAACUCGGAAUGAUAGCAAUUCAACUAUUUCUGUAACUGAAACGCGGAGUACUGAAGUGGAAGUAAUAAACCUAACAGACGAGACUUCGAAUUGCAAGGAAAAUGAAAGCGAUUCAAGCAGUAGCUUAGAAGUUGUUAGCAUCGUACACAUUAAGAGUGAACCUAAUAGCGACUCGAGUGACAGUGAAAUUUCGUCGAGCGGAGACAUGGACGAUAGCAGCGGCAAUGAUCUUCCGUCUAGCGGAAUUAACGAUAUCCACUACUACAACGAUGAUAAGCGUUUACCAGUCUACAGAUAUGGGUUGACGGAAGGAAUGCCAACUAAAGUUGUUGUCAGACAACUUCUGAAUAUUGAUAAUGAGACUCGAGUUGCCACAACCGUUCCUUGCAGCGUUCAACAUAAUUCGGCAUUUAUAGUGGAUUCCUGGUGCCUGGACGAUCCUUGGGAUGUAAAAAGCGACGACAUGGGCUCGUGGACAAACCAAGGGAGGAAAAGAUUCAAGAAUGGGACUAUUGCAGAAAACUACGACACCUACCGACAAUCUUACACGCAUGCCGACUUAACAUCGCUCAAAAAGUACCUGAUCUACCUUGAAAAUGCCAAUAGUCUAUACAGAUAUAUGUAUGUGCAAUAUGUCUUUACCCAAGGAGAGACACAAGUAACUUUACGACCGCAUGGAAGUGCUAGAAAUGAUAAGCGACCAUACAAAAGAACGAUGGCAAGCACGAUUCGAUCGAUUCGAGAGAAAGACGCAAAACCACGCAAGAUCAUGCAUGAAAUUAUCACCGAAAGAGGUGGAAUUGAACAAAUUUCUUCAUCUGGUGAGUAUCCCCGCAACCGAAGCCAAAUUUAUCGAGCCCGUAAUAGUUCCACGCCGACUGACAACUCGUAUCAAUCAAAUGACCCGCUGGUGCAGUUGUUACAAAUUUCAAAGUAACAACAACGGGGGAGCAAGGACGAUUGGUUCGUCCGUGACGUGAACAUUUCGAACGAACAGACUAUCUUUUUAGCCAACGAACAACAACUCGUAGACGUGGAACGAUUUUGUACAAAUCCUGAACGGUUUUCAGUAUUCUCGGUGGACGCGACAUUUAAUGUUGCUAAGUAUUAUUUCACGUUUGGGACAUACCGAAAUCUUUUGCUGGAGACAAGCCUCGGUGUGAACCCCAUUUGCAUUGGUCCAGGUGUUUUGCACAAGAAAAAGUUAGAGUCUUCGUACUAUACUCUCCCUUCCAUUGUGAAAUACCGCCCGGAAACGUCAGGUGUCCUUGUGGUUGGCACAGACGGUGAAGAAAACUUAUGGAAAGCCAUGUCGAACGUCUUCACUAACGCCGUUCACUUACGAUGCGACAUGCACCUUAAGGACAACAUAAAGCACAAGUUGUCGGAAUUGAAAAUUGACCCUAUCCCUGCUCGUGAAAUAACACGCGAUACGUUUGGCUGUACUCUGGAUAGUGUCAGAGAAGGUUUGUACUUAUAUGUAUACAAGUGUAAAAUCUACGAAUUAUUGGGUAUUAUUCCAUUUACUAACAAGGAUUAGAUGAAAUUAUUUAUCGAUAUGAAAUAUUAUGUCCGAUUAAACAGUUAAUUCUUAAUAUUUAGAAGAAGCAUUAAUUACUAUGUUCUUAAUUAUACCUUAUUUAUGGUGGUCUUGCCGAUUGUACAUCGGAAGAGGAAUUCAAUCUUGCAUUGGAAGAUAUCAAAAAAAGGUGGCCCAAGCUUCAUGCAAAUGCAGAUUCGUUCCUUCAGUAUUUCCUGGCUGGUCCAGCUAACACUAUCAAAGACAGCAUGCGAGCAGACAUCCGGUCAAUGUGCGGUUUGGGAUUCCCUCCAACGACGUAUACACAGAACGCUAGCGAAUGCCUGAACAGGUACGUCAAAGAAAAUGCCAAAGGAUCGAAAGAUGUGUCUCGUUCGUUAGUCGAUGCUGUGAAAAAUAUCGAGUCGGUCGUAAAACGUCAGUUUGAGGAACAGUUUUUGGCAGUUAUCGGGAAAGGAACCUACGAUUAGCAGACGAUUUCGAAUUUUUAAAAGUAGAAGAAAGCCAGUAUUAUCAGAUGUCGAGCAACCAGAAGAAGAAACUGAAGAAACGAUUCUUCGAAUGUUCAGUAUCUAGUGUUGGAAACUGGCCAGCUGUCCCAACCUCGAAUGAGGACAACGGAUUGUCUAUUAGUGCAAAACAAUCAGGUAUAAUAGGUGUUCCUUACGAAGUUUUGAAGUCUUCAUUUACAAAAGCAAACAAAAUUAAGAAGCACGUGUGGAAAGUACAUGGCACCGAUGAUAACUGGAUGACACCGAGCACCACCAAUCCUAAAGCUCCCCACACAGUUAAGGUUUCUUCAAGUGGUAGGGUGGAUUGCGAUAAGGACUGUCCAGGAUUUCGAGCUUAUCACAUCUGUGCGCAUGUUAUCGCAGUUGCCGAGCAAAAUGGAUCGCUUGAAAAGUUCAUCAAAUGGUAUCGUAAAGAUAAAAAAAAUACGAACCUAACAGCCCUGGCUAAUGUUGGAAUGCCUACCACCAGUGGUAAAAAGGCCACUACGGCGACAAAGCGAAGAAAGGGUUCUGCUAAC